AUGGUAGUGGGUGAAAGCGGUCUCGGUAAGUCCACUUUGAUCAACACUUUGUUCAAUCGUGAACUUUAUGCUGAGAAAGAGGCCCGUAAUCCGGGCGACGAACCGGCCAGCUCGGUGCGCAUUGAGACUGUUUCUACGGAUAUCGAAGAAAACGGCGUUAAACUGCACUUGACUGUUGUUGAUACGCCCGGAUUUGGUGAUGCUUUGAACAACGUGGAUUCAUGGAGAGUGAUUGUAGACGAGAUCAACUCGCGUUUCGACCAAUAUCUGGAAGCUGAAACCAAGAUCAAUCGCACCAACAUUGCUGACAACAGAGUGCAUGCUUUGCUUUACUUUAUUGAGCCAACCGGCCAUGCUUUGAAGAGUCUGGACAUUACGUUCAUGAAACAGGUUCAUGAAAAAGUCAAUCUGAUUCCGGUCAUCGCAAAAUCAGACACCAUGACCGAGGACGAGGUUCUAGAGUUCAAGACGCGUAUUCUGGACGAUAUCAAGAACCAGGGAAUCAAUUACUUUGUUCCUGAGCAAUUCGACAACGAAGAUGACGAGACUGUCAGUUCCACAGAGGAGAUCCUGUCACGCAUCCCAUUUGCCAUUGUGGGUUCUACCAAAGAGCUACAAACUGAGGAUGGAAGGAUUGUCAGAGGCCGGAGCUACCCAUGGGGUAUUGUUGAGGUAGACAACGAAGACCACUGCGACUUCAUCAAGCUGCGUCAAUUGUUGAUCCGCAAUUUCCUGGAGGAUCUCAAGGAGAAGACCUCCAAGAUUCUGUACGAGAACUAUAGAAGCGAAAAACUCAAACGUCUUGGAAUUGAACAGGAUGACUCUGUUUUCCGCGAGUUUGACCCUGUCGUGAAACAGGAGGAGGAACGUGCGUUACACGAGGCUAAGCUGGCUAAGAUGGAGGCUGAGAUGAAGUCUGUUUUCCAGCACAAGGUGAGCGAGCGCGAGAAAAAGCUGCAGAAGUCAGAGGCUGAGCUUUUCACGAGGCACAAAGAGAUGCGCGAGAAGCUCUUAAAGCAAAUCAAAAUGCUCGAAGAGAAGAAGCGUGAUCUCGAGAAUUUGCGUGUGGCGCCGGCUUCUGAGCCUACCGCCAGCCAGCCCUCAAAGUCGCGUAAGGGCUUUUUGCGUUGA